UGGCAGGGGAGUUGGACUGGAUGGUCUCUAGAGGUCCCUUCCAACUCUGACAGUUCUGUGAUUCCAUGUUCCUGGUGGACUUAAUCUGCAGAAUACUUGUUCUCUUGAAGACUGUUUUGUUGGUCAAUGUUGUCACCGUUGCGUUUGUCAGAGCCUUGUCUUGCAUUGGAAUGCUUUUGUGCCCAAUGCAUGAAAGCAACGUUAAGGUACACGCUAUCAAAACUAGAUGCUUUUGGUCUAUUUGUAGAGCACGUGAGCAGCAUGGCAAGUUUGUAGAUUAAUUGUUGCUUGCAUUAUCCUCUGGGAGAUGAUGCCCAAAUGGAUUUCUGAUGCUCCAGGAUGGUUCCCAGGGUCUCUUUCUACAAAGUAAAGACUAGGCCAGCUGAAAGCGGCACGUACUGUAGGAGCAUCACCUCUGUGGUUCAUUGCAGUGUCUGAAGGUGAAUUUGAGGAGUAUGUUAGUGCAGUUGUUACCCAUACCUACAAAUAUACUUCCCUUAUUCAUCUGGGUGGCUUCACCUCUCUGCUGCUUAUUGUUGUAAGGUCUGCUGUCUGGCUGGAAACCUGGGUGGGGGACAUCUUUGAGAAGGAGGCAUUUUUUGUAUCUGAGCAGCAGAAAAAUGUAUGUAUCAUCUUGAGAGGGAUCUCACCUGCUUCAAAUCCUUAGGAGUUCUCUUUCCGAUGUCUUUAUUUCUUCCCUUUGUUCUUCUUUCUGUUAGCCAUCCCAAAACAGAUAUUAGAUCCCAUAUUGCUCUGGAAUUGUCUUAUUCUAGAAGAUUUGUCUCCUCUCUAACUAAAGAAUGUGAAUGGAAUCGCCAGAGUAUUUAGUGGUGGAUAUUGGUGAGCAUCUUUGAAGAUUACAUCUUCUGUAGUUUCUGUUUGUGACUCUGGGAACAGUGCUGAUCUGCCACUAUGGAACAGAACACAUUGCUGUGUUUUAGAUAAGAUAAGGAGGCAAUGACUUUGAUCUCCAGCUAUAGGGUAUGAUUCCCUGAACUCCUGCUUAAAUGAGUUUCAGAAUUUGGGUACAUUCUCUGUCCAAACAUGUCCUGUUUAGUUCUGAGUAAACCAUUUGUGAGACUUGGUUAUCCUUUCAGAGGGAAGGAUAUAAAGAAAGAAUUAAUCGGACAUCACCAGUGAAAUUAUUUCAGGCUUCCUCCUUCAUCAAUACAGAUGAGUUAUGCCCACAGUAAGUCACAAUAGACAGGAAUGCCGAAUCUUCUGCUUCAGGGCUUAAAACAGUGCCAAAAUUAAAAUUAGAGUGACUCGAAUAGGGAGAAAUAGGUUGAGUCAACUUCUUUUGACUCUAGUGCCUUCCUUGUAGUGUCUACUUACAGCCUGUUUUGGGGGCGUGAGCCUGCUUCAGGUCUUAUUCUGCCUCACCAGUUGUAGACUCCAGCUUCUUCUCCCUUUCCCUCUUCAAGUUUGUCAACCAUUAUCUCUUUUGGGGGGGGUAUAAUUAAUUUUUAGCCAAUGUUGAUGCAAAUGCUUACUUGCCUCAUCUCAAAACCUUGCCCUUUCUGUCUUAGGAUAUAGUCUCAAGUGUGAGAAGCUGGGCUGUAGCUCCGUCCCUCUGAUGUUAACCAUCAGCAUCGCACCGUCCUGUGCCCCACAGAGUCACCCUGGUCUCCUCUGACUCUGCACCUCACACUCGUGUCUCCUUUGCGGCUUGUUCUUCCUCUAAUGAUCACCUUUAACAUCAUGGAUUUUACCACCUUUCUUCCUCCUUAGUUCUAACUUACGUGUAUCCCAAUCUGUGUCUGAAUAUUAGCCCGUGUGGUUUUGGGGCUAUUCGGUAGCUGUCGUUAUACUAUAACGUGGUUUAUAUCUGUCCUCUGACAAAAAUUCAUGCAUCUUGUCAUCUUGUAUCUUGUUCAAGGCACAGGCUGCAGAGCUGUAGAGGAGUUCUUUCUGUCUCUGUGUUGAAGAGAAAAGAUAUUUUCAAAAUAAAGUAUGUGUCAGCUCCAUGAGAACAGCUCAGGAGAAAGGACAGAGCGGAUUAUUUGAGUCUGGUGAGAUAUGGGGGAAGGCAGGGAGAGGGGGCAUUACGUACCACAGAACAGCUGUGAAGCCUCCCGAACUGGUACUCGAAUCAUUUCUGAUACCCCGCUGUGUCAUUUAGCGUUAGCAAGUCUGUUGGCCGUGCUGUGGUGAGGUGUGUGGAGGCUGUGGAGCUCCCAAAGCUCUGCUGUACCCAGCUGCUGUGUCCCGCUGCUGCUGUUUGGCUUCAGAGUUUUGUAACCACACGAGGAGAAGUGAGUGCUCUGCUGGGAUGCUGGUUAUGGCUAGCAGUAUUACUGGGCCUUGAUUUACUCUGACAGCGUGCAGGAGAGUGGACCAUUCAUGUGCUGUGUUCGUCUACUUUUCAUUAACUUGCAAGUCUCCCUCUCAUUUCCAGUUGUCAUCUUCUAAAUGGAUUCCAGUGAAUUUUCGGGAUCUUUGGACCCCCUGUCCUUGCCUGACAAACCACUUAUUGGUGACCUCCCCUCUGACAUGGAGUUUGGAGAAGAUCUCCUGGGCUCCCAAACAGCUUCUACCCAGGAAGUUUCAGUUCUUCAGCCCCCUGACUGGGAUCAAUCCAAGCAGAUGACUGCACAUGGGAACUUGGACCUUCUAGUGAAAGCAGACAGCCUGUCUGAACUAAACAAAUCGAAUGACCUCGUUCUAGAUAAACCUGGUGUCUUGGAUAUGCUGGAGAAACCUAACGUCUUAGAUGACUUGGAUAAAACUGCUAACCUGAUGGAGCUAGAUAAAACGGAGGGUCUGGAUGGGCUGUAUAAGGCGCAUCCUUCCCAGGACGUGGAGGAUGGACCAGCGGACUCCUCUGCCCUCUCUAGAGAAGCCCUUGUUCCAGAAGCGUGGAAAGAAGGGGAAGAUGCAUCAAAAAAUGAUUCUGGGGACCUGAAGGAAGAUGGUGCUGCUGCUAUUCCUGCACUGUCUGAUGACAACGCCCCUGAAUCGCCCCGACACCCCGUUCCUGACCCUGGGGACCUCAGCAGUGCCUCAGCCACGGAAGAGAUCACCGCACAACCCUCAAGUCCUCCAAUGGCUCCCCCACAGCUCAACCUUAAACAGACAAAGAAGACGAGGUUGAAGGCACCGAGGAAAAGCUCACCCAUGCAGAGGGAAGGGCUGGCAGGGGAAGCCGAGGUGGAACUGAGCCUGGACAACAGUACUGCAGUUUUGCCCCCUGGGCCCAGAGAGGAAAACCAGGCAGAGGAAGGGGAUGAUAGUGGGAACAACUCAAUUAAAGAAAGUAGUGUACUGACAGCACAGGAAGCCUCACCGCCAGCAGGAGAAGGCCUGUCUGGGAAGGGGAGUGAGCUGCCAGCUGAGAAGGAGCAGAAAAGAAGUGAACGAGCCAGAAGAUCAGAAACUGCUAGGCCUGAAACUGUGAACUCCUCUGAGAGCAUUCCAGUCUCUGAUGAAGACUCUGAUGCAAUGGUGGAUGAUCCCAAUGAUGAGGAUUUUGUUCCUUUCCGUACCCGACGCUCAACUCGCAUGUCUUUACGCGCUCAGAUGGCUCAGCGAGCUGCCCGCUCUACUGUCACCAAGAUGACUUGUGCCAACUGCCGGACCCCGCUGCAGAAGGGCCAGACCGCCUACCAGCGUAAAGGGCUCCCUCAGCUCUUCUGCUCCAGCUCCUGUCUCACCGCCUUCUCAAAAAAACCACCCGGCAAGAAGAUAUGCACCUUCUGUAAAAAGGAGAUCUGGAACACCAAGGACUCUGUGGUUGCCCAAAUCGGUUCAAGCGGCUCUUUCCAUGAGUUCUGCACCUCCGUCUGCCUCUCCCUCUACGAGGCCCAGCAGCACAGACCACCACCUCAGUCCGCAGAUGCCUCGGACAUCACCCGCUGCAGCGUCUGCCACAAACCUGGCGAGAUCCAGCACGAGGUCAGCAAUGGGAACGUGGUUCACCGCAUCUGCAGCGACGCCUGCUUCACCAAGUUCCGGGCCACCAAGGGGCUGAAAACCAACUGCUGUGACAACUGCGGACUUUACAUCUACAACAAGGGCUUGCCCCUGGAGUACCUCUUCCACGAAGGCCAGCAAAAACGCUUCUGCAACUCCGCCUGUCUCAACAGUUACAAGAAGAAGAACACUCGGGUCUACCCGUGCAUGUGGUGCAAGACACUGUGUAAGAACUUCGACAUGCUGCCUAAUGUGGACCGCAGCGGCAAGAUGGGCCUCUUCUGCUCCAUUUGCUGCACUACCUCCCACAAAGUGAAGCAGUCAGGCUUGGUUGGUCCCCCUAGACCCUGCAGCUUCUGCAGAAAGAGUUUAUCUGAACCCUGCUAUUACAACAAGACAGACCGGGUUGUCUACCAGUUCUGCAGCCCCAGCUGCUGGACCAAAUUCCAGCGCACCAGCCCGGAAGGUGGGAUCCACCUCAACUGCCAUUACUGCCACAAUCUUUUCAGCGGGAAGCCGGAGAUCCUAGACUGGCAGCGUUAG